UUCAUGGGCCAUAACCAGAUAUGAACGGGCCAUACAUAACCAUCAUAGACAGUUAAAAGAUAACCAUAGGCCAACAAUGACGUCAGUCCAACAUGGCGGCGCACACAGCACGUCGUUGCUAUUUACUCUGUCGUAGUGCAGGAGUAAACUUGAUUCCACAGCAAGUCAAACUAAGGAAUGUUGCGACGAGAGACAUUAACAACACUAUCCAGCCGAGCGUUGGUUACGGGAGCCGAGGGACAGACACCACACAGGACACCCAAGUGCACAUUCCAGUGGAGCGCCUGACGGUAUCUUACAGCAGAAGCAGUGGUCCCGGCGGUCAGCAUGUCAAUAAAGUCAGCACAAAAGCAGAGGUCCGAUUCCAUGUGCAAACAGCAGAUUGGAUCCCAGAAGACGUUCGACGGAAUAUCUUUGAAAAGAACAAAAACCGCAUCAACAAGGCCGGGGAGCUGCUGGUGACCUCGGAGCUGAGCAGGAGUCAGCAGAGAAACCUUUCGGAUUGUAUACAGAAGAUUUCUGCCAUCGUAGCUGAGGCCAGCGAGAAGCCACGUGAACCAACGGCUGAGGACAUAGCUCUUAGGGCAGCCAGGUUAGAGAAGGGGAACAAGGAGCGACUCAAACAGAAGAAGAUCCAUUCAGCUACCAAGAAGAGCAGACGAGUAGAUUUUGACUAACAGAUGGACUGUUACCUUUCUACCUCCCAUGAUUGUAUUGUCAAUAAUAAAAUGUAAUUUAUACGCA